CAUUCUGUUUACGUUUCACAGAAAUUCACACUUUGAGGGUGCAUGAGCACAUUUUCUGUGUUAGCCACAUAACAUUUUUCUCUGUUCAAAAUUAUUCUUACAUGUGCAAAAUUACUUUCCUUUAGUAACUAGCCAAAAAUACGGGUGCAUAAUUUUAGCUGAUUUCUAUCUAGCUAUUUGUUUUAGCUAGCUGGCUAUUAUCUGCUAAAAGCAGCGAGCUAGCUGGCUGCGCUGGAGAAAGAAAAAGGUCUUGGGGUAAUAAAAAAUUAAGGAACGGUGGACGAGAGAAUGGCGACUGAAGUGGAAUCUCUGAACGCACAUGAUGGCGUGUUCCUGUUUGAGGGAAACCUGCGGGACGCAGACGUGGACGAGGCCUACGUGGAGGACUGUGAGGGGCUGGGUGAGGCGGAGGCCAAUGGGAACUGGACGCCGCAGGAGAAGGCUCUUCACGAGGCCAGGCUCAAGGCCAAGGCCAAGCGCCGGCUACGCAGGACCUCGUCCCGGGACUCAGCCCGCGAGUCUCUGUCCGACACGCCCGGCGAGCCCGGCUCCGACCCCCACAGCCCCAAGGGCAAGCUCAACGGCAACGACCGCAAGUCCCGCAUGGGCAAGGGCCGGGGCCUGCCCAAGAAAGGUGGCGCUGGUGGUAAAGGGGUAUGGGGGGUGGCAGGGAUGGUCUAUGAGAUGGAUGAGCCUGACGCCAGGGACCCCAACUACGACGAGGCUGCACAGGGGGACACGGUCUACGCCACUGUGGUGCCAGAGCUGGACGAGCGUGACCUGGAGAAGACGGUCAACCCCAUUGUGCAGGAGUACUUUGAGCAUGGAGACACCAGAGAGGUGCAGAUGCUACUGAAAGAGCUGAACCUGGGAUCCAACAAGUACGAGUUCUCCUCUCUCGCGGUGUCUCUGUCCCUGGAGGGAAAGGCCAGUCACCGGGAGCUGACCUCACGCCUGCUCUCUGACCUGGUGGGAAAGGGGCUGUCUGAGGAUGACAUGGCGCGGGCCUUUGACAAAAUGCUGCAGGACCUGCCAGACCUCAUCCUGGACACACCAGAGGCCCCUCAGAUGCUGGGCCAGUUCAUUGCCAGGGCGGUCGCCGACCACGCCCUUCCCAUGGAAUUCUUGGGGCGCUAUAAAGGCCGGGUGGACUGUGACCACGCUAGGGUGGCGUUGGACCGGGCAGCUGUGCUGCUGUCCAUGAAAAGAGAGAUGGUGCGAUUGGACAACGUAUGGGGAGUGGGCGGCGGCCAGAGACCUGUCAAACACCUCAUAAAAGAGAUGAAUCUGCUGCUUAAAGAGUACCUCGUCUCAGGAGAGGUGUCCGAGGCAGAGCACUGCCUGCGGGAUCUUGAGGUGCCUCACUUCCACCACGAGCUCGUUUACGAGGCUGUGGUCAUGGUUCUGGAGUCCAAAGGGGAGACAGCUGUCCAAAUGAUGGUGAAGCUACUCAAGGCCUUUUGGAAAACUGGGCUCAUCACCCUGGACCAGAUGAACAGGGGCUUCCAUCGUGUGUACGUGGAGCUGCCAGAUAUCACUCUAGAUGUGCCCCAUGCCCACACCAUCCUCGAAACAUUCGUAGACCUGUGUUACCAGGAGUCAGUCAUCACAAAACAUCUGCGGGACGCCUGUCCAUCAAGGGGGCGCAAGCGCUUUGUGAGCGAGGGUGACGGAGGCAAGAUCAAGAACUAGAGAAGAGAAGCAACGCCCCCCCCCCCCCCCCCACCUGUGCUGCAGGUGCUCAAAACCCACAUAUCCACGGCAGUUCACGAGGAGGGGCUACAGUGCAGGAGGGGGGCUAGCUCUCUGGAUACUUGUUUUCGUUCCAAAUGUUUUCUGGUUUACGUUCAGUUGUCUCCUGAAUUUUUUUUUCUUGAGUUCAAACAGGAAAGGGUGUUUGUACAAAGUGGGGGUGAGGGGAAGGAUUUUGGGGGGGUUGGGCGGUAGGAGGGCAUGGGGGUUUUUGUUUGUUCAUGCUGCUUUCCUGCACAGGUGUCUGUCUUUGUGUAUUUUUUUUGCAUGUACCUUGCUUGUAAGAUUAUGAAGUUCUUAUGUUUAAAAAAAAAAAAAAAAAAAAAAAAACAGAAUCGCAAGCACUUUGUGUCACUUCCUCUCCCUUCAAUAAUUUGACUCAGAUAUGUUUUUAUUGGGUGACAAUAUUAGUGUCGCUUCAUUACAGAGUACAGGGCGAUAUCCCCAUGCCGGUGUGCUGCUGUGGGACCAGCAAUGUGCUUCUGUGCGUUGUGCUUUCUGUAGGGCAUUUCCUUUGUGCUGUGCGCAUUUCUGUGGCCCAUUCUUUGUUUGCCAUUCUCAGGCCUUUGUGCGCACACUGUCUCCACACACCCGUACUUCCAGAGAGAUGCCGCCUCUUAAACACAGCACUGCUGAAGGGCUGUGUAUAACCCAUACAAGAACGUCUGCUACACACGCCCAAGUGGAAUUAGGUGCUGACUAAUUAGUGCAUAUUUACACAAAACAUAUAUUUAAAAACAUAUAUAUAAAGAAUUGCACAUUCCUCUUGUCUAGCCCUGCUUCUUAUUUUACGGAUGUUUGAACAUUACAUGUCUUCAUCAGGGUUUGGGUGCGGGUGAGCAUAAUCGACACGGAGAAGAAACAUAUCCUUGUAUAAAGCUGCUGUUCAUGACCUGCUUUUGCUGAACAUUUACUGAACAUGUUUUCUACUAGCUCAACGAUAUUACUAUGUGAUAAAAUCAAGCCAAGAUGCCUUUAUUUUGAAUUGGGACAUUUCACAAGCUCAACACCUAUUUAAAAAAAGAAAAGAAAAUCUGUUUAAAAAAUAAUUUUCUAAUUCAAGUAUAAUGACAAAAGCCACUGGUUAUUGGAUUUUAGUCUCAGCCCUUCAUUAUUGGAGUGAUGUAUAAACUCUUGCUGGCCUCGUUGGGAAACUAGGGUUUUCUUAAGAGUACUGUUAUAUGAGUAACACUCAUGCUUUUGAUAAUAAUUUUCAUUGUUAAAGAUGGUAGCCAAUGAUUUUUCAUCAGAUUAGGUCAUCAAAAGCAAUUUAAAUGAGGAAAUGUUGACACCGCAGAAGUGGUGUUGGUAUUUGUUCAUGGUGAUGAUGGUUUCCCCAGCCAGUAGAUUGGUGUCCCAUAAGUGACUGAGACGUUGGUGAGUCUUCACUGCGUGGCUUAUGCUCACUGCCAUUCUCAGUGGAUCUGAUCUUUUUCCUGUUGUCCAUUUCUUACAUUGAUUUGUCAUUUUCCACCGUCAGUAGGAUCGGGUGGGGAAAAUCCGAUUUAUAUUUGUGCGUGCGUACACCAAUACCCUUAAUAUGCAAGUGAAAAGCCACAAAUCUUAAAACUUUGUGAGGACAAGGUUUUUGUAACCCCUAAUAAAUAAAUGAACAAGCUUGUCACACAUUACUGUUAAAGAUUUAAGAGAUCUGAAUGGUUUGAUUAAGGUACCUGUUGUAACUGUUGGUGAUAACACUUGGCAUAUGGCUAAUUUGGUGGUGGUGUUGGUUUUAAACCAAACUUAAAUACCUAAAAUCUGAAUGUCUUAAUGGCAGGUUUUGCAUGUUUGUAGCGUGUUUUAAACCUGUCAACUUCAUUGUUUGAAGGCUUUUUUGGGGAUUCUUGUUCAGAUGCAGUAUGUCUAUGAUGGUGACUCAUGUGGUAGCCAAAAAUCUCUUAAAACCCUGAAAGCCAUUGUCAUAUCUCUGUAAUGGAAUGGAAAAAUAGCUUUAUUUUGUUGCCAUUUUUCUGUAACUUUUACCCAUGCAAAUACAGUACAUUUGGACAUUGUAAUUAUUUCAAUAAAAGUUCUUUUUUCA